AUGUGGUACCAUGCGUUCCUGUGUUUUGUGUGUCUGGGCUCCCCUUUUGUCGCAGGUUCACGUCAAGGACACGAGCUGGAGGAGACCGGGCAGUGUGCACCUAUACCUCCCUUGGUGGACCCCUGUCAAGCCUCGGAGUGCGAAGCACAAGAAACGGUGCAUUUUGCAGGUGUGCAGCCUGCCACGCGGGUCAAGCCUUUGCUCGCAAUUCAGCAUGGCCCUUGUGGAAAGCAUGGCCAGAGGAAAGGCAUCGUGGUGCUGCGGAGAAAAUGCCACGCGAGCAGGUACAUUCUAGAUUUGCCGGCGCCCAUAGUUUUGGAUACUCGGCCAUGGCGUUGCCUUGCAUGCGGGCUCUACUUUCCUGUCAAGAUCAAUGAUAUACAGAAUCGUUUUCCGGGCACUUUGGUUGCUAAGUGCGCGAAGCAAGCCCAUGUUUUCUUCACGAAGAGAUUCCUGCAACUUAUCAUUGGCAAAUUCGGGGAGACCUUCAACGCCGCCGCGGUCAAACGGUUCGUAUUAGACCUCUACCUGGCCAAUACCAUCUACAUCAAUCACGCGGAGAGGGCUCUAUGGGCCAUCGAUUCCAUUCCACGCCUGUCCUCCUUGCGCUUCAUGCUGCGGGAAGCCUUGCUAUCUUACUUGCCUGGACUAAUCCGACAUAUUGAAGAACAUGUCCAUGUGUACAGUGGCUCAGCAAUACGGGGAGAUGGUCACUACAAAGUGGCUGCGCGUAUUCGCGUCGCUGACGGAACACCUCCCAGUGUCAUAUAUGCGUGGUGUGGUGUUGAUGGGGCUCUGCUCCGCCCGCCUGCUGCCCUGGCAAGCGAGACAUGGCCUGUCUUGAAGGAGGACCUGGCCAAAUUGAUCCCUGAUUUGGCGCGCAACAGGAAGCGGGCUGGCCUGCCGGGACAGGCGGUAUACCCAGCUUUCCACGCGACAGACACCUAUGGAAAACAUCGACUCAAAUUGCAGUCCUUCUACACCACCUUGGCAGAGCCGCAGCUGUCGGUGUCCGCCAAGACACCCCAGGCAGAGGCGCAGUCAGCAGAGCCAGCAGAGAAGUACUGCCCUACCUUGAUCACAGGUGAUCCUGCGCACGAUUGCUUCGCCUUGCGACGUUUGGUGAGUACAAAAUCAACUGACGCCCAUGCUUUCCUGAGCGCUCACCGAGACUUGAUGGAGAGGUUGAGUUUGCCAAGUCCCCCGCAUGCGUCCUAUGCCAGUGACAAAAGCUCCAUGUGCGAAUUGCCGGAGGAAGCCAGGUCAGCAUUGCAGCUCCUCAUUUCAGAUGGUGCGAAGGGUAAGGAGAAAUGCGGGCAGAGCACUCUCCAGCAAGUCCACGCCUUUUUUGCAGCAACCUUAUGUCACAGAAGCGACUACGUGGCAGGAACUGUAUGGCCGACAGCCUCCCCGAUGUGUCGUCUCUACCCUGCUGCGGGUCCUCGGCAAACAGGAUGA